UGAUUUCUCCACCCAUUUAAUCUCUCCAAGUUCUCCAACCGCUUGCUUUAGGGAAGGAGUCCUAACAACUGCACUGGUAAAUGAGACACUGCUCACAGGAUGAUGGCCGGAGAUGAUAGUAGUGAUGGUAAUGGCGUACAGGAGCUCUACGAUGAAGUUGAGGAUGGGGAUGUCGUUGUUCCUCAGAUGCACUCGGAAGCAGGUAGUCCAAAUAUUUGUUGUACUCAUGUAGACAAUGGUCGGCAUGCCUCCACAGGCUCCACUGUUUUCCUCUUCCCCAAGUGUAUGACAGUCAUACAACUUGCCAAGCAAAAGGCUGUCCUUGCCUGCUUUUGCUUGCUAACGAUGAUGGCUUUGGACUGCUUCAAUACUUGCACCAUCAGUGCUGUGGCGAUGGUUGUCGACAGGGAGGUUAUUCGAUCUCGAGUCGAACCGACAUCCUCCCAUGGGCCCCAGCUUGUUGAACGGCAAGUUUCUCAUGACAGUGCUGAUGACGUAGGGGUAGGUUCACGACCAGAACAGAGAACGGUUAGGGAACAGUCUCUCGGUCUCGGGGUUACCUUCUCAAUACUGAACAAUGCCCUUGUGAAAAGGAGCCAACUUGUGGUGCAUAUUGAGCCCGAAGCCCCUUUCCGUGAUGACCCGAACACUGGGCGUAUCUGUAGUUCGUACAUCUUCAGUAUCCAGGUUUGGGAGGAUGAAGAUGGAGCUGUCUCUCUCUACUAUGGUGUUUCAGAAUCUUGCGACCACGGAAGUGACGGAACAGACAAAGUUGUGCGAAUGUCAGAGCGGAAGGCUGAUAUACGGUCGGUUGGGGAACACUUGAGUAUCGCUGAUGAGCUCAUUACUUACUGGUUCCCCGUUUCUGGACCAGAUGGCCCGAGGGUUUCAUAUCCCGUGUCCUACAACUACACGAACAUCAGCAGGACACCAAUGUACAUGUUCACUCCCUUCGAGAUCUCCGAGCUUGGCUCAUAUGACCCGGAAGGUAAAGUGAAGUCACGAGUUACGGUGGUGUCUACAACCAUGGGUAAUCGCUCAACAGUCCUCACGGAUAGUGGUCAGUUAAUGAGUCUGGCAUCCAAUCCGGCAAGGACGAAACUAUACAUCACCGAUGAGACACCUGUCAGUGCUGUCACACCUCCUAAGAUCCGACUUCUUUCAGCGAACACUACGGAUGACGACACUCUUAUCGAUAACUCGACUAUUUUCAAGAUGGACGACCACUUCACUGAUGAUGCGGGAGUGCGAUCUAUAAGUAGCGUCCACUUCUUGAGGCAGAGCUCUUUCGCAGAUGGAAGUUGCGUCUAUUUUACCGACAGGAAAUUCCCCCGUGUGUGGAGCAUAAUUGCACCGGACGUGCCGAAGGUGAAUCCGACUCACCCGUCGAGGCUGGUGCCUGUCGCUGGGUCUGGAAGAGAAACAACUUUUGAUGGGUCUGUCCCUGACGUGUCAUUUAGGCAGCUUCGCGAUGUCGUGACCACUGCCGAGGGGUGCCAUCUGUUCGUAACGGAGGAUGGUCCUCCAGGUAAUGUUCGCUGGAUCAAGCUCAGCACCCCAUGUGCAAGAGCCGACACAGUGGAGACCAUUUUCAGAAGUGACGCUUCCGGAUUCUGGGGCCUGGCGCUCCAUGAUGAUGGUGUUGACCUCUACUUGUACGUGGGAACAUCAGAUGGUGAUAUCAUCGAGCUUCAACUCAACAGGUCUCUGCUACUUUCCUGUGCAAAUGUCCCUCCUCCCUCAUCCUCACCUCCUCCAGUUUAUAAUCGCAGACACAAUGAUCAUAUGAUUGCCAUAGCUGCUGCAGCCGUGUCGGCCACAAUUCUCUUCUUAUUGCUGUUGAUGGCCAUUGUCGUUGUUUACAUCUGGAGGGGGAAGAAACAGGUGCAGAGCGAGCGGCCGUUAAGGAGCACGGAGUCCCAAGAAACACGUUCAAGUUCGCAUGUAGACGUGGAUAUGAGCGAAGGUCUGCCUGAAGCAUCGAACUGUGGCAGUGGGGAGGAGAUUCAUCCAUCCCAACUGACAUUAUUCAGUUUGCAGGACCUCGAGCAGUGCACAGACAAUUUUAGCAGCAGCCAUAAGGUUGGUGAAACCGGAGCAUUCGGUCGCGUGUACCGGGGUGUGGUGGAUGGGAUGGAGGUGGCGAUGAAAGUCAUGAUCGGAAAACUUACAGACAUGAAGCGAAGGCAGUUUCUUGCAGAAAUCAACACACUUAGCAGGGUCCAUCAUGCCAACCUCAUCCAAUUGAUUGGCUACUGCCAUUCAAGUGAUCGGGCCAUUCUGGUGUACCCUUACUUUCCUGGUGGCAGCUUGCAUGCCAGGUUGCACGAACGAGUGGUGGACGCUAGCACACAGUUGCUAUACGCUCCGCUGACUCUUCUGGAGCGCAUUCGGGUCGCUUCUCAGAUUGCCAAGGGCCUAAGCUACCUACACGAAGAUUUUGGUCUUGCAGCCAUAGGAGAGAUAGUGUUCGGCACCACCCAUGAGGUCUUUGUACAAACCUCUCAUGUUGCCGGUACCUAUGGGUAUAUGUCCCCGGAGUACUUCCUGGAAGGCUUCUUGACUGACCGCAAUGACGUGUAUGCCUUCGGUGUCAUCCGCUUGGAGCUUUUGACUGGAAGAAGGGUUGUCAUGCCGUCCCCUUCUGGGACAGGUGCGGAGACUCUCGUGUCCUGGGUGAAGCGAUUUCUUGGAGACCCCUCCGUGGACUUGCCCCAUGCUAUCUUGGAUGUGGCAUUGUGCAAGGGCUAUCCAAUGGAAGUCAAUUCCUUAGGGGAUGUGGUUGUGAAGAUAACUUAUCUUGCGAUGGAGUGUGUGGAAGAUGAUGACAACUUAUCUUGCGAUGGAGUGUGUGGAAGAUGAUGACAGGCUGAGACCUAGGAUGAGUGGUGUGGUGGGGCGAAUGGAGUCUC